CUUCUUUCAGAUCUGAUAAUCUUUUUGGUCAUCUGCAAACAUGUCCCAACCAAACGAUGGAUCUCGACCAGGUCAAUCGCAACUGUCCUCUGCUCAUCCUACUUCCGCUGCAACGACAAGUCAUGCGAUUCCUUCUCUUUUCUCGGGUGCCAAAUCUGGUGCACCUCCUGCAAAGAAAUCAAGAUCCAAAGUCGUUUCUCCUUCCCCAGAAGUCUAUCCUGCUCUUACUCGGUUUUUGCGCCGUCUUUCCUCCGCUCAAGUUCCCCUUUCGUAUUCUGCAUGUCUUCCUGAAGUUUCAGAAGCCCAAGUUCCGUUAGGACAACUUCAUCUCUCUGAUGAUACUACUGAGUCAUCUCCUCCACCGGAAUUCCUCAACCGGUACAUCUUGCAACGACGUCGCAUCGCCGAUCUGAUUAGACGGUUUCCUGAAUUAAACAGACCAGCCACUCCCAUUUUCUCGUCUCGGUUUAUCUCUGCUCAAGCUGCAGAGCGAUUCCAGUUUCUCCAUGGUCAAGCCUUCAUUCCCAUGAAGAUUCUAUCGGCUGAAAUACAAAAUGAUGAUGUUCGUUCCAUCCUGUUCAGGGCAGACCUUCUUCCAACAGUUACUGAGAUUGACAGUUUCAUCGAAACGAUGGUCAAGGAAUUCUAUGCCAAUCUUCCGGAGGCUGAAGGUAGGGACUCUGAGGUUCUCAGAGUCUUUGUUAGAGGGUCCAUGUAUGAGUUCUCACCGUCUCUCAUCAAUCGCCUCUUCCAACUGCCAAAUGAGCCAUAUCCUUUGAAUACAUCUCAACUUCGGGCCUUCGGAGAUCUUGAUGCUGUGGCUGCUCUCCUUACUGAUGGGCAAGUGUCAACUGUGGCUGAAGUGUCAACCGGUCUUCUUGGCGAUAUCAUCACUGUUCUUCAUCAAAUCAGCUGCUUCAACUGGUUACCUUCCACGAAUCAUCGUGCUCUGUCCCCUGACAGAUGUGUUCUUCUCUACUUAAUUGCCAAAGGGGAGCGCUUAAACUUUGGAAAGAUCGUGUUUGAUGAGAUUCGCUCGUGUGCAUCUCGCUCGGGUGCUGCCUCAUCGACUGAUUGUUUAAUCUUCCCCAACCUGAUUGAUCAGCUGUUACGUUUUCAGCGGGUCAUUCCAUCUCUGACUGGUGAUGUCUUGUCCUCUACUCCUACAAUGUUUGUGACCCCGGAAGCGACUGCGCCUACUUCUGGUCCCUCACUGACCUUGGCUGCUGAUCUUGCUCAUCUAGCCCACUCUGCUACGACCAUCAUGCAACGAUUCUCAAGGGGAGAAUAUGUUGAUGUCUGUGCUCGUAAACUUAAGGAGCACACAGAAAGCGACAACCUUGAUACUGCGGAUAGUGACUAGUUUGUUCAGUAGAUCUUCUGUUUAGGGGGAGUAGUGAGUUGUAUUUGAUGAUUUUAGAAUUAUCCAUGUUUAAGUAUAUUUGAAACAUGUGCUUGUUUCAAAUGAUUGUAUGUGCUGAACCUUGUCCUCUUAAUCUAUCCUUCUCUAA